AUGGACGAGAAGCUACAGGCAGAGAUACGGGAGGUCGACCCCGAGGUGGCCUUCCCGGCUAACCAGCAGCACGUACACUCGACAUGGGCCCGCACAUUCCACUCGCGACCCGAGCUGUACAUCCAACCAGAAAGCACCCAAGAAAUUCAAAAGAUUAUCAAGCUCGCCCGACGAAGCAGGAGACGCGUUGUCGUCGUCGGCUGCGGCCACUCGCCUAGUGAUCUGACCUGCACUUCAUCAUGGAUGGUCAACCUUGACAAGUACAACCGUGUGCUCAAUGUCGACCGCGACCGCAAGCGCCUCACUGUUCAGGGUGGCAUCCGUCUGCGCGACCUGAACUUGGCCGCCAGCAGCCAUGGCCUCACCAUGCCCAACCUCGGCAGUAUCCACGAUCAAUCCAUUGUCGGCGCCAUCUCGACCGCCACCCACGGCAGCACCCUUAAACACGGUCUCAUGUCCGACUCGGUCAAGUCCAUUCGCAUCGCCCUUUCCGACGGUUCGAUUGCUUCCUGUUCGCCAGACGAGAACCAGGAUCUCUUCCGCGCUGCCCUCACAUCGCUCGGUGCCCUCGGAAUUAUUACUGAAGUUGAGUUUGAGAUGACCGAUGCCACCAACAUUGAAUGGGAGCAAACACUGAAACCCCUUGACUGGGUGCUUUCGCGCUGGGAUAAGGAUCUGUGGACAAACAAGGAAUUCACCCGUGUCUGGUGGUUGCCUUAUAUGAAGAGAGCCAUCGUCUGGUCUGCCUCCAAGACUGACAAGCCAGAGAGACCUCCAGUAUCCAGCUGGUAUGGAGGUUCUGUCGGCUUCCAUACCUACCAUAUUCUUCUCUGGAUCUCAAACUACAUUCCUCGUAUUCUUCCUGCCAUUGAGUGGUUCGUCUUCGGUAUGCAGUACGGCUUCUCCGAUCAUGCUGUUACUAGUGGCAUCGAGCCUCAGCGAACUGGUCUGCUUAUGAACUGCCUAUACUCACAAUUUGUCAACGAGUGGGCUUUGCCUCUUGAGAAGGGCCCCGAAGCUAUUACUCGUAUGUCUGCAUGGAUUAACGGCGAGGAAGGCUCCGGCAUCCCCUUCAGCAACAAGGGACUAUAUGUCCACGCCCCUGUCGAAGUCCGUGUUUCUGAUACUUCUCGAGUUCAACCCAGACCUUGGAUGGACAACACCAACCCGAACGGUCCCACUCUCUAUCUUAACGCCACUCUCUACCGUCCCUUCUUGAAGGAUCCUCCUUGCCACGAGCGCUACUACGAAGCCUUCGAAUACCUCAUGAAGGAACUCGGAGGCAAGCCUCAUUGGGCAAAGAACUUCUCGACUGUCACUCACGAUGAUCUCCAAAACAUGUUCGGUGACAACCUAACAUCCUUCCUACGCGUGCGCAACGAGGUUGACCCCGAUGGUGUUUUCCUCGGCGCAUGGCACCGCUGCUACCUGUUGCCUGCCGACACCCCUCGUUUCGCUUGCGAAGAGAAGGAGCUGGCAAGGACGAAGGCUGCUGAUGGUGGCAGGAAUUGUUGCAUUGAUUCGACCAUCGAGCCACCUCCUCUUCUUAUCACAUACAAGGCUGUCCAGCUUUGA